UCCGGGUAUCCGUGAAAACGAAAGUAGAGAAAAUACGCAUUUCAUUGGUGCAUGGGUUUCCAGAUGUGCCUCCAUUUGCCCUGAUGGAUUUUCUAAAAAAGCCAGACUCUUGGCAAAACUGCCCAGUCCUCACGAAUAUUCCACCUGUGACCAAAGACGACCACAUUGAGAACUAUAUUGAGGUGAUAUGUAAACGGACCGUGACUUCCUUAUACCGCCAAAUAGACUGCCCAUCUAUUGCCGUGGUUCAAUUUGAAACGGCUGUCACAGAUCAAGAUAUUAGCGCUUGGGAAAGGCGUCUAGAGGAGAAACGGCUGUGUGGAAAUCGCAUAACGAUUCAAGCUUUGGGACAGCCAAACGGAGUGGUUGUAUACAAUGUUCCGCAAAAUGUUUCAAACGAGUUUCUAGAGCUUUACUUCGAGAGCAAACGAUCUGGGGGACAAGACGGUUGCGUUAUUGAUGUUGAUAACAAAGCGAACGGAACUUACGUAGUUAAGAUCAAUGAUCUGUCUGCUGUUAAAUCCAUACUGUCAAAGGAUGGUCAUACUUUUAAAGGGGCGGAUGUUAAAGUUGAUCCAUGGUUCGAAACAUUUCAUCACCAUUGGCUCAAAACUGGGAACGCAGACAACCCGAACUUGAUAACGCUGAAGAGACCGAUGGGUGUAUGUGAACCAAGUAAAGGUGACACAAGCCAAAUGCCUAUGAAACACAAGAUUGGUUUGUUUGAAGAUGCAGCUCUGUUGAUUGAUCGUGAAUCUCAUCCCGUCGAAAGGAAACCACAAUCGCCGUUUCGAACAAUGGACGAUCCUGUACAGGCUCCUCCAAUAAAGUUAGGCAGUCGAGUUCCUGGAAAUGUUGGUAGAGUUAUCCCAAUGAAACAUUCCCAGUCAUAUGAAGGAAAUAUUGUUUUGCCUGACAAUGACGUCGGACAGGACGAUGCGUUCAAACCGACUAUAAGAGACCCCCAAAACGCUUUCGAAAGUCGUAGGAACAAUAAAAAGACGGGACGAGGUAGAGGAGGUUCAAGAGGCCGCCAAUUUAGCCGAGGACAACAACGUGAAAAAAUCAAUUCGGCUGGUGAGAAGAAAGACUGUCGGUCUGAGAUAUCGCUCCCUCAAUAUAAGGUCAUCUUACUUAUUAUCAAUCGUUUUGGAGCUAAAAUGAACAGUGAAACUGUCAGUUGUAACAUGAAAGAAAAGGCAGAAAAAGUAAUCAUAUGCGCUUCUACAGAUGAAGAGCUAAAAUCUGUAGAAAUAAAAAUGUAUGAAUGUCUCAGUGAAGUGAAAAGCAAGGAAAAGAUCAUUCAAGCAGAAUUAGCACAGUUUCUCAACACAGCUGAGUGCAAGGAGUGCUUGAGAACUAAGCUUCGAAAUGCAAAGAUACAAGUAGCAUUUGAAAUACAGACGGACAUGCAUUUAAAUAAGAUAGUGAUGUAUGCCUUUAUCUCAGAUAAGCUUGACAGAGCGCUUGCGUUUAUUGAUGAUUGCCUGACUGUAAAAGAAUUUGCUCUUCCGAAAGGUAUUGAUAUUAAGUCUCUUGAAAUGAACGUCACUGGUAUGGCAUCUGGUUACGACACCACAAAAGUUUAUCUGAGUUCGUCAAGAAUUAUCAUCUGCAGUUUUUUUGAAAAACAAGCAGAAGAUUUCAAAAACAAGGUGUUGAAAAAUAUUGAGCAUUUAAGACCAAAACGAGCCGGCCAUGUGGAACUUUGUAGCGCAAAGGCAAGAUGCUUCAAAAAAUGUUAUUUGAAAAAUGUGGAGUCUGUUUUGAGCCAAAGGAAGGGUACUAUCAAGUGGACAGAAACAGGAAAUGGUGCAGAAUAUAAGCUCGUGGUGCACAUUGAGGGGGAUGAAGAUGACUUUAAAUUCGUUGAAUCGAUGGCCAAUAAAAUUUGGAGUGAAACUUUUGAUUUUGAAAAAGUUUGCACUGACAAUGCUGACAUGUGGCUGUUGAUGACGGGCCUUAAACAUGGAUCGAAUCAUAAUUUUCUUACAACAUGUGAAGAAAGAUUCAACUGUUGGCUUGAUGUCUCGAAAGAUGGGGAGGUUAUCCCGCCAACAAAAGGUCGAUCAAGGGUGUCACUAGAUUCCGAGGUCGUUCUCUCGUCGGAUCAAAGUAGUUCGAGCGACUCUGAGGGCAUAGGAACUCGUCCUGAGAAUCUUCGAGACACUGAACCACUGUUGGCUGCUCGUGAAAGGCCAAGGAUCGGUAGUCAAACGUUGACUAAAUUCCAGCCUUCAGAUUUAUCUGAUAGAGAGGCAAUGCAAGCAGCCUUGCGCGAGUCCCUAGAGUGGCCGGGUGAAACAUCUCCUACAGAAGGAUUGUACAGGUCCCAUGCUCAAGAGGUCCGACAUAGACGUCAGUCAUCAUCGCCCGUUCUUCCUUACAGUGACACUAUUUCAGGCGUGAACGUAGUUAUCAAAAAGGGUGAACUAGUGAAAGAACAUGCCGAUGUGCUGGUCAACAUUCUGUCCCCAGAUAUGCAACUCAAAGAGAGUAUUGUGUCGAAAGCCUUCUUGAAAUCAUGUGGACAAAGGCUGCAAAUGGAAUUUGAUUCAGCAGUGCAGACGUCUGUGAUAACUACAACAGGCUGUGGCCUUGGGUGUAAAGACAUUCUUCAUGUCGGUCUGAAAAAGGGAAGAAAUUGCGAGUGUGUCUCCGAGGUUAUGCAGAUGAUUUUGGACUCCAGUGAAAAUUUACAAUGCCAUUCGCUUGCUAUGCCACCACUAGGCGGCGGCCGGUUAUACCAAUAUCCAAUUCAGUCUGUUGCAUCACAGAUGUUUCAAGUUAUGGCUGAUCAUUUUCAACAAGGCUGUUCUUUACAGACAAUAACCGUUAUGGCUUACGACAGAGGUACAUUUGAUGAAUUCAAAACCGCCCUUGCGCAAGUACGAUCAUCAGCACCAGGUUCCAGGCGACACUUCAGCAUUCCAUCCUUCCAUAAGCCACUACCCGCAAUGACUCCCGCGUCAAAUUUCUACGGUCAAAUUGGUUUGCAGAGACCUCAGGUGCAGCCAUUUAAUGCACCGCCAAACAACCAAUUUGUUCGCAGGCCUGCACACCCAUUACAACACCGGCAUAGUGAAUCUGAUAUAAGACCUAGACAGCCUUCAAUUAAGACAUAUCAGACACAUACAAGGUCUCGCGUGUCAGAGCGACGCGGAAGGGAACACUCGAAACAUACACCGAACCAAAAAAGGGCCCCAUACUACAGCAAAACAGACAAAAUCACAAUCAAGGUAUUUGCGGAAACUAAGGACGAAUGUAUAAAGGCCAGGAGCAAAAUCAGUAAAGCCAUGAGAGACGAACUUCUGUUUGAAGAGAAAUGUGACAAAAUGGAACACAUAUCGAAAGAGUCCAAAGAUUCCAUCGUGAAGAUAAUCAGCAAAUACAACAUCCGGUCUAUCAAAGGCAAUAAACACUACAUCCUAAAAGGGAAGAGGCAGAGUGUCUCUGACGCUCACAAAGAAAUACUAAAGUUGUUGAUAAAUGAUCCCGAAAAGUCGAGAAAACACCCACAUCCAAAAAAUGUAAAAAGAGGCACUGUUGAAUUUGCUGAGUCCAUGGCACACCAGGAAGCAAACAUUCCACAUUACUGGGAACUGUACAAAGAAAACACAACUUUUUCGGAAAUUUUAAGCAUAUUCAAAAGUGCAUUCGGAACAGACUACAAAAAAAUUGCAAUUGAUGCACGUGGCUCGACGUAUAGUACAAUUGUAAAAAUGGUCAAUGAAACGUUUGAUUCAACAAAGAUUGGGCAUGGUCAAGACGCCAAAGGACUAGAACGCUUAAGUUACAGCAAGCUGUGGAUAACCAAAAUACAAAGAAUAGAAAAUCCUCAGCUUUUUCGCAAGUAUGUUCAUAAAAGGCAGGAAAUAUUUCUAAACUUGUCGAAAAUGAAUCUUGCUUGUUGUCAGACCGUAAGACAACUACCAAGUAGUUCCGGUGAAAUAACGACGCACAAUUACCUAUCACAGACGAUGAGAAAAGAGCUGUUUUCAGAGAUCAACGAAGUAUAUUUGUUUCACGGAACAAAACCAGACACGAUAAAAACCAUUUGCAAUACUGGCCUGGAUCCUCGUCUUGGCAGUGGAAAAGCCAUGUUCGGGUCGGGAAUAUAUGGUGCUGAAAAGGCUUCAAAGGCAGAUCAAUACACUGAUGGUUCAUUGACCCGGACUGGUGGACCCGGCAAAGAAAAGAAAAUGUUUUUGAUGCGGGUUGCUCUUGGAAACUGUUACCUGUGCACCGACUUAAACCCGCAGAAAUACAGACGACCUCCUUGCACUAAGUGCAAAAGAGAUGACUGCAAGACCCACGAUUCCAAUUAUGAUUCUGUUGUCGGGGACAACAAAAAAUUAUUCCGGGAAUUUGUGGUUUACGAUGGUGUGCAGUGUUAUCCUGAAUAUCUGAUCACGUAUGAACGCAGAUAAACAUUCGCGAUCGGUUUCUUAGAGCAAAACGGUUUUAUUUCUUUAAGGCUUUCCAUUCUUCAAUUAUUUUAUCAGUUUAGGAAUGCGAUCAAUUGACAUUUGUAAUUAAGAUGGAUUUUUUUUGCAAAAAUAUUUCUUCAUGAGUUCUUGUAACUUAAAAUUAUGUAUAAGGUAUAAUGUUCAUAUUUUAACGUCUUUUAGCACUGAUGAAAUAAAAUCAACGUGUCAUUAUGUCUGUAAGUGGAUAUUGUUUCAUGAUUUUAUAACGUCACGUUUAAGGCUGUUAUUCUGGAAAACGAGGGUACCUCAGUUGGACCCCCAAUUCUCAGACUGUGUCAAAUUUUGAUCGAUUUAAAGGAGCAUUAAAUAUAAUAUAAUAAUGUCCUACUCGGAUUGCAACAAAUGUAAUGUUGUGAUAUUGUUUAUUAUAUUUAACACUGCCUUACAGGUGGUUUUUGUGUAAAACAAUUACAGUUGACAAAGAAUUUCAUGAAAAACUAUUUUCAUUUUAUAAAAACAUUUUUUUUCCUUAAUGUAAUUUUUUGUUUAAAACUAAUCUUAGACUACGAUUGUUGAUUUAAAAUCUUUCUUGCAACGUUUCAUUCAGUCUGUACGUAACUAUAGCCACUUAUAUACUUACAUAUUGUAUUCAAUAAUUGAUCCCAAUUCCAAUGUGUGUGUGUGUGUGUGUGUGUGUGUGUGUAUAAUACAUGUUGUACUCUGGAAAAACUUUAGCAGUGUGCUGUUGAUGUUCGGAAUGAAGAUUUGAAAUCAUGAUGAUUUGACCAGUUGCCAAACACCUAGUAAAGUCGAAAACCUAUUGAUAAAAUACAGAUAAGUGAAUGAUAAAAUGCAGAAAAGGGAGUUCCUUACUGAAACAUCAACGUGCUUGUUUAUAAGAAGUAUACGUGCCUUUAGUAUUCUAGUUUCUUCACUUUCUUUUACAAACAUCGCAUGUACGUUUCUAUAACGUUACACUAAACUUUGGUUGUCGGGCGGAAAGAUUAUUAUUGCUGUUCAAUUUGUUUUAAUGUCACGACAUACCAAUAUUUAUUAUUAUAUACAUUCAAGAAUGGAGUCUACAUAAAAUUAAAGAAGUAUUAAACAUUUGUACUCGUAGGAAGAACAAAGCUAAAUAAACUAAUAAAACUAUGUUUCACUCACGCGGUUUAAGUUUAUGUAUCAUUCAUGGUUGUUCUUAUAUGAUAUAUUUUGUUGUUGAAUGAAGUUCAUUAAACAUUUAAUCCUUUA